AUGGUGUAUCCACUUUUACCAUACUACACUGCUGCGGACAGAGUUGACUCGAAACUCUCUGUUGUCGGACAGGCCAUCUACGAGUUUGACGGUACAAACGCCGAGUCGAUCAUACAGGCGGCCAAGUACGGCAAGCCAAAUGUCUAUGUGGACCUCAAGGUGUCUGCCGUCACAGACGAGACCAUCGAUGCUAUUCUUUCUCUCUACAACAACGGCGUGGUGAGCAUCUUUGCGUCUGAGGAACAGGGUGCACAGAUCGCCGACAAGAUUCCAAACGCCAGAAUCACCUUCAGGAUCUCGUUACCAAACCCUGUUGCUAAGACAGCCACAUCGCUGGCCUACACGUCACUGGACGCUUUGCCAGCUAAGGCCGACGAAAACGUCGUGUCGUUUGUCUACUCCCCAACGUCGGCUCCGUUGUCCGAUUUGCAAAAGGCCGUCAAAAACGGCUUCAUUCCAAUUGUUCCUUCCAAGCUUCUCACCACCGAGUACGAGAAUGCGUCUGCUUACCCAAUUGUUGAGUUUCUCGUUCCUUCGUUGGUCACUGACCGCCAGGAUGGCCUUUUCACAACCUUAGUUCUCGACGAAUCCAACCAAUGUCUUGGCUUGGUCUACUCCUCCAUAAAGUCCAUUUCCGAAUCCAUUAAGACCCAGACCGGCGUGUAUCAAUCCCGUAAGCACGGUUUGUGGUACAAGGGCGCCACUUCCGGUGCCACGCAGAAGUUGGUUUCUUUAGAUGCCGACUGUGAUAACGACUGCUUGAAGGUUGUUGUCGAACAGGCCGGUGCAGGGUUUUGCCACUUGAACACGAAUUCCUGUUUCGGUAACUUGAAGGGCCUUUCUGCCCUCGAGAAGACCUUAGUUUCUCGUAAAUCAGAUGCUCCAGAAGGAUCAUACACGAAACGCUUGUUCAACGACGAGGAGUUGCUAAACGCCAAGAUCAAGGAGGAAGCUGAAGAGUUGGCAGAUGCUAAGACGAAGGAGGAGAUCUCGUGGGAAGCUGCGGACCUUUUCUAUUUCGCAUUGGCCAGAUGCGUCAAAUACGGUGUCUCCAUCGCCGACAUCGAAAAGAAUCUAGACAUGAAAGCUUUGAAGGUAUCAAGAAGAAAGGGUGAUGCCAAGCCUAAAUUCAUUGAACAAAAGAAGGCUGAGCCAGCUAAACCGGCUGAGCCUAAGACUGCUGAAAGAGUCAUUGGUCCUAACGACAAGAUAUACAUGAACAGAAUCAACGCUGAGACUGCGACAGCCAAGGAAGUUGAGGCAUGUCUCGAAAGACCUAUCCAGAAGUCUGCAGACAUCAUGUCGUUGGUAACUCCGAUUGUCGAGAAGGUCAAGCAAGAGGGCGACAAGGCACUGUUGGAGCUGACUGCGAAGUUUGACAGAGUUGAGCUCAAGACGCCAAUUUUGAAUGCCCCAUUCGACGAGAGCAUGAUGCAGAUCACCGACGCCGUCAAGAGAGCCAUUGAUAUCUCGUUUGAAAACAUCAGGGUUUUCCACGAAGCACAGAAUCAAAGCGAGGUGAUGACUGUUGAAACGUGUCCCGGUGUCUACUGUUCCAGAUUUGCCAGACCAAUCGAGAAGGUUGGUUGCUACAUUCCAGGUGGUACUGCUGUCCUCCCAUCGACGUCGUUGAUGUUGUCGGUUCCUGCGCUUGUUGCCGGAUGCAGCGACAUCAUCUUUGCAUCUCCACCAGGAAAGGACGGCAAGUUGACGCCGGAGGUUGUCUACGUGGCACAUAAGGUUGGUGCCAAGUGCAUUGUUUUAGCUGGCGGUGCCCAGGCCGUUGCGGCUAUGGCCUACGGUACAGAGAGCGUUCCUAAGUGUGACAAGAUCAUGGGGCCAGGUAACCAGUUUGUCACCGCGGCCAAGAUGCUUGUUUCGAACGACUCUAACGCCUUGUGUGCCAUCGAUAUGCCUGCCGGGCCUUCUGAGGUGCUGGUCAUUGCCGACAAGCACGCGGACCCUGACUUCGUAGCCUCGGACUUGCUUUCGCAGGCGGAGCACGGGAUCGACUCGCAGGUGAUCCUCCUUGCGGUCGAUAUGACGUCGGCGGAGGUCGACCGUAUCGACGAGGCCGUCCACCAGCAGGCCUUACGCCUUCCAAGAGUGGACAUUGUCAGGAAGUGCAUUGCGCACUCGACGACAAUUCAGGUCAAGACCAUGGCCGAAGCGUUCCACAUGUCCAACAGAUAUGCGCCAGAGCACUUGAUCUUGCAGAUCGACGACGCAGAGUCUUGGGUGCCCAAGGUGGACAACGCCGGCUCUGUCUUUGUCGGCGCCUACUCGCCAGAGUCUUGCGGAGACUACUCCUCUGGUACCAACCACACCUUGCCAACAUACGGUUACGCAAGAAUGUACAGUGGAGUCAACACCGCCACCUUCCAGAAGUUCAUCACGUCCCAAGUCGUGACCAAGGAGGGUCUCAAGAGCAUCGGUUGUGCGGUCAUGGACCUUGCCGCUGUGGAGGGUCUUGACGGCCACCGGAACGCUGUCCGCGUGAGAAUGGACAAGCUCGGCCUCCUUCCAGAGGGCUACUGA